UUACCAAAAAUGUGGGUCUGUACCGAGUUCAGGUGCGCGUGAUGGAAUCGCGGGGAACUGACUGUUUCUUACAUAUCGAUAUUGGCCGUAGCCUUACAAUAAAAUAAAAUAUAUAAGUGGCACCUUAACCGGAGGGGCUUGAUAUAUUAUGGUAUAAGCAUCAUAAUAUGCACAAUAGGCAUAUUAUGAUGCUUAUAGACGAAAUGAUGUGACAUACGUUACACUAGAAUAAAGUAUAUUUUUUAGAUGUAUCAGUUUCCUAAAGACGUUCAGUACAGUUUAUUUGAAAUCGAUAAUAUAGUUGAGGAAGAAGAUACAGUGAUAGUUGAAGUAGAAGAGCAUAUGAGUAACUCAGAAGACAGUGUAUCAGAAAAUAUGACACCUAGGAGAACCUCAUCAGCACCAUCAUGGUUAAGUGAUGAUGUAUCAGCCACAAAAAAAAAAAAGAUGACCAUUGACAGUACACUUAAAAAAUCAGAAGAAGCAUUGAGUAACAUUGCAAAGGCUUUAGCAGUACCAUCAGUGCCACCAUUAGAUAAUGCAUCACAUGGUUUGUCUCAAUUUAUAAGUGCUACGCUGCAAUCUUUCAAAAAUCCUGCCCUUAAAAUUGCAACGACACAAAAAAUAUUAAAUAUUUUAAUGGAUGCUCAACUUAAGGAUAUUCCUUAAAUUAUGUUUUAAAACAAAUAAGUAUUACCAAUAUAUAUUUCUAGUCAAGGAAG